CAGCGAAGAGAAAACGGCGCAAGGCAGACCGGAUUUGGAGAAAAAGCAAAGCAGAAGAUGACUUACUACUGUUCAAAAGGCUGAAAAAUCAUGUUACGUACAUCAGCAAUAAGGCGCGCAGAGAGUUCUACGCACAGUUUAUCAACGAAAAUGGAAAUGACCAAAAUAGACUGUUUAGAGCAACAAAUGCCCUCCUCCACCCGAAGGAUGAAGUGUGCUUCCCUGAUUACUCUGACGAUACAUCACUUGCGAAUGACAUUGGCCAUUUUUUCUAUAAAAAGGUCAUCAAUAUUCGUAAAAAUCUUGACGCUGUGGUUAUUGAUCAAUGUGAUAGUUCUCGACUAAUAAAUGACCCUAAGUUUGGUUUUAAUCAAAAUCUGGAGAAAUUCAAGGUUCUUUUAACUGACAUGGUGUCCCAGCUUAUUCAGAAAUCAGUGAAGAAGAGUUGCGCCCUAAAUCCUAUGCCUACAUCACUCCUGGUCAAGAGCCUAAAUGAACUGCUACCUGCCAUCACCUGCAUGAUCAACUCCUCCCUCUCGCUAGGUUAUUUUCCCUCUGCUUGGAAAUCCACCCUUGUCGAUCCAAGGCUCAAGAAAACUGGUCAACCUGCAUCGCUAUCAAAUUUAAGACCAAUAAGUAACCUCCAGUUUGUAUCUAAACUGACGGAAAGAGCUGUAAGUGACCAGACACUUGAACACAUUAAAUGUUCAGAUAUAUACCCAAUCCUACAAUCAGCAUAUCGACCUGGUCAUAGUACGGAAACAGCCUUACUAAAA